CAUGCCACCUAAUUCAAAAGGAUGUUUUUCACCUUCAUGCUGGCAACCAACAUGCAGUCUGAAGCAAAUAUAACAGUCCGAGAUGAGAUUACUGACGUCAGCAGCAACAUGUAUAGACCGCUGCCAUACCCGCUUAGCUUCCAAAUCUCCCUUACUUGUUUCCUCAUGCUGGAAAUUGUUCUGGGCCUUGGAAGCAACCUUACCGUACUGGUUCUUUACUGCAUGAAGUCCAACCUUAUCAACUCUGUAAGCAACAUUGUUACCAUGAACCUCCAUGUUCUUGAUGUGAUAAUAUGUGUGGGAUGUAUUCCUCUAACUAUUGUAAUCCUACUACUGCCACUGGAGAGCAAUAGUGCACUCAUCUGCUGCUUCCAUGAAGCGUGCGUUUCAUUUGCCAGCGUUUCCACCGCUGUUAACGUCUUUGCCAUCACUCUGGAUCGGUAUGACAUUUCGGUCAAACCUGCCAAUCGUAUCCUGACCAUGGGCCGAGCAGUUAUAUUGAUGACCUCAACAUGGAUAGUAUCCUUCUUUUCUUUUCUGAUUCCGUUUAUUGAAGUCAGCUUUUUCAGCUUUCAAAGUGAAAACAAGUGGGAGAACAAAACCCUGCUGUGCGUUAGCACCAACGAAUAUCACACUGAACUUGGGAUGUAUUAUCACCUUCUGGUUCAAAUUCCCAUCUUCUUUUUCACUAUAGUGGUCAUGCUGAUCACGUAUAGCAAAAUCCUUCAAGCCCUCAACAUUCGGAUAGGCACGAGGUUCUCAACAGGGCAAAAGAAGAAAAUACGAAAGAAAAAAACUAUUUCUCUGGCCCCACAGCAUGAGACGACGGAUGUAUCGCAAAGCAGCGGCGGUCGAAACGUGGUGCUUGGUGUGAGGACUUCUGUAUCAGUUAUUAUUGCCCUACGUCGAGCCGUAAAGAGGCACAGGGAGAGACGGGAAAGGCAAAAAAGGGUCUUCAAGAUGUCUCUGCUCAUCAUUUCGACCUUUCUGUUUUGUUGGACGCCUAUUUCUUUAUUGAAUACAACUAUUUUAUGUCUUGGCCCAAAUGACCUUUUAGUUAAACUCAGACUUUGCUUUUUAGUCAUGGCAUAUGGAACAACCAUCUUCCACCCUCUGUUGUAUGCAUUUACAAGGCAAAAAUUCCAAAAAGUUUUAAAGAGCAAAAUGAAAAAAAGGGUGGUUUCAAUUGUGGAAGCUGAUCCCAUGCCUAACAAUGCAGUGAUCCAUAAUUCAUGGAUAGAACCCAAAAGGAGUAAACAGUUAACAACUGAUGACAAUGAAGCCAGACAAAAAUGUUUGGCACCUCAGGCUGUCACUGACUAGGUUUAGGUUUCUGUUUUUUUUCUAUUCAAAGACAGGUAGGAAUAUGAAAAUAAAUCACACGGCC